AUGCAGUGGAUAAUAUUCAUGUUGCUGUUAUUCAUCCGCUCCGUGGAAAUGCUCACGCAGAACCGAUGGAAGAAGCAAGUGAGUGCCGGCCUGCUGGAGAACUGCACGGGCUGCAUCCUGUGCUCUGAGGACAACGGCUGCAUCACCUGCCACCACCGGCUCUUCCUGCUCAUCUGGAGGGAUGGCAUCCGCCAGUACGGGAUGUGUGUCCACACCUGCCCCCCCGGCUACUUCGGCGUGCGGGGGCUGGAGGUCAACAGGUGCACAAAGUGCAGGUCUCCCAGCUGCGAGAGCUGCUUCAGCAAAGAUUUCUGCAUGAAGUGCAAAGACAAGUUUUACUUGCACAAGGGCCAGUGCUUUCGGCAGUGCCCCCCCAGCACCGCAGCACAGCCCGGCACCCACGAGUGCCAAGAGAUGUGUGAGCCAGGACCCUGGAGCGAGUGGAGCACCUGCAACCACGAGGGCCGGACCUGUGGCUGCAAGUGGGGCGUGGAGACGAGGGUCCGGGAGGUGCUGGGGGCCAACCGGGAGGAGGGGGCUGCCUGCCCCGCCCUGCUGGAGACAAGGAAGUGCCGCAUGAGGAAACACUGCCCAGGAGAGAAACCCGAACCCAAAAAUAAAGGCAAAAAGAGGCAGAAGAAGCCCAAGACAGACCCGCACGUGGGUACCUAG